AUCUCACUCACGCACAUCGCAUCGCACACAAUGACAGUAGCAACAGACUAUGCCGACACCAAGCCAUUGCUGAUCAUCGUCAUGGGCCCGGCAUCAUGCGGCAAGAGCACCAUCGGCGAGGAGCUCGCCGACAGCCUCCACAUCCCCUUCUACGACGGCGACGACCUGCACCCCAAGGCCAACGUCGACAAGAUGAGCGCCGGCCACCCGCUCAACGACGACGACCGCCUGCCGUGGCUCAAGCUCAUCCGCGCCCACGGCGAGGCUGACGCCCGCCGCGCGUGGGAGAAUGGAGACGGGCGUAACCCCGACAAGGAGCGCGCCGAGGGCAAGCUGGGCCGCCCGGCCAUCGUCAUCACCUGCUCGGCGCUCAAGAAGUGGUACCGGGAUAUCCUGCGCGGGGACGCCGAGGUGCCCCCCGGAGAGCACAACCAUCCCAAACUCCGCACCAUCUUCGUGUACUGCAAGGGCUCCGAGGAGCUGCUCAAGGCGCGCAUCGCCGCGCGCGUGGGCCACUUCAUGAAGCCCAACAUGCUGGCGUCGCAGCUCGCCACGCUGGAGGAUCCCUCGAACGAGCCGGGCGUCGUGGUUGUCGAUAUUGCUGCGUCAAAGGAGGAGGUCGCGGAGCGCGCGCUGAGCGGGACGCGCGCAGUCGUCAAGGAGCUGGACGCGAGGGGGCUUUAGGUUUCGUUUGUCUGUCUGUCUGUCACUGCAUGCACUGGGUUUCUGGAG